AAGCGCAUAAACCAGUGAUUACGUUACCAAACGCCUUGGCGAGACCAGCUUUGAUGCAUGACACUAGCUUCGCUGAGCAUGCCUCACGGUUUGCGCGCGCGGCGUUGGUUUCAGAACGCGUGGACGGACGAGCGCUACGAUACGCGCAACGUGGCCGUGUUGUCCAUGGCCGUGGUGGCUCAGGACGUGCCGGACACGCCACCGCGGUUCCUGGACGUCCCGCCUGUGGUCACGGUCUCGGACUCGGCCCCACCCGGCACAAGCGUUCUGAAACUUACAGCAGUCGACGGUGACUACGGCAAUCCCAGGAACCUGACCUAUCUACUCGACAAAGAGAACCCUUGGUCGAGCCACUUCGGCGUCAACCCGCAGACUGGCGAAGUGAAGACGACUCGACCGAUUUCGGAGCUGGCCGACAAGUACGGAGGCACGGCCGUGUACAUCCUCAAAGUCAUGGCGCGGGAGAGCUCCGGUACUGCCGAGUAUCCCGAGAUGGAGGCGUCCACCCAGCUAGCCGUGGUGCUCAUGUCGCGCGAGAACCACGCGCCCUCGUUCGCCAGCGGGCCGUACGUGGGCUUCGUGGCCGAGCACAGCGCUGCUUCGACGGCUGUGCAGUGGGCGCCCGGAGUGCUGCCCAGGGUCUACGAUCGAGACCAGGGACGAAACAGUACGUUCAGGUUGUACCUGGAAGGCGAGGGGGAGAGCAUUUUCACCAUACACCCACAUUCGGCAUCGCGGGAGGCCGACUUUGCCAUCUUGGUUCAGGACUCCUCGAAACUGGACUACGAGGUAGCCGAACCAAAGUACGUCGAGUUCACGAUCGUGGCGGCCGAGACGGAGGCGGUGCAACCUCUGACGUCGUCCGUGGCGGUGCGGGUGAACAUUGUGGACACGAAUGACCACGCCCCCAUGUUCACCAGCGACAUGUACGAGGUGGUUGUGGCCGAAGACGCCAGGCCGGGCACCGCCAUUACUGCCGUCACUGCCACUGACCCGGACACUGGGAACUUUGGCACAAUCAAGUACACAUCUCUGAAUGGACCCAUCGCCGCAAACCUGAAGCUGGACCCAGACACCGGCAAAGUGACUCUGGUGUCGUCGGAGGGUCUUGACCGCGAGUCGGUGCCCGAGUACGCUCUCACUGUCGAGGCGCAGGACGGUGGAGGACGCAGAGCUUCGACACAGCUCCUUGUGCGCCUGGGAGACGCCAACGACAACGCGCCUUCUUUCAGGCAGCCACGCUACGACGCCGUGCUCACAGCAGACCUGGCGGACUUUGCGGAGCCUCUCAUCGUCCAGGCGACAGACGCCGACGCGCCGGGCCCCAACAGCAACGUGACGUACGAGAUUGUGAGCGGCAACUACGAGCAGAAGUUCCGCAUCGACCCCGUGUCGGGCGCUGUGAGGCUUUCGGCGCCCCUGUCCGCGGCUCGCAUGGGGCUGCCCCUGGUGCUCACAGUGCGUGCCCACGACCAGGGCAUCCCCGUUCGUUCGGCCUCGGUGCCAGUGCGCGUGCACACGCAGGAGUACCUGAAUAGAUCAAUAGUUGUUGUCCUGCCAGGAAGCGAAGAUCAAGUCCGUCCCAGGAAGGAAAAUAUUGAAAGGGGCCUCUCUGAUCUUCUUGGUGCCAACGUCAACAUUUACUCAAUGAUGCCACACAACGGAUCUAAAAAUGCAACUGUCGCCCGAGGCUGGGCGGUGUAUGAAUCACAGCCCAUCGACCUCGUCUCGUUUGGCAAAAUCAUGAGCAACUUGUACGGAAUGAACUACGAGCAGAUGUCCGUGGAGCGGGAGACGCUGCUCCUGAAGCGGUCGGGCAACGACCGCGUCUUCUGGAUCCUGCUCAUCGUGCUCAUCCUAAUCAUACUGCUGCUUCUCCUGAUCAUGCUCUGCUGCUGUUGGAAGUACUUCCUCAGGAACCAGCGGCCACGUUCGAGUAGCAAAGUGUCUCCGGCGAGAUCUACGGUAGCAGUCACGACGGAUCAGUCGCACCGCGAACGGCGCUCGACCACGGACAAGGCAACGGCUGCCAACGGAAGGUGCGCCACCUAGCGCCCCCCGCACCCUCCGCACACUAUAUCCGAUGCACCCCUCUACGCCCGUUACCCUCUGCACUACCCCAGGUAUCGUUAUUGACGAUUAGGAGCGCACCUGUUCCCCUACUGCAUGACACUCGCCACAGAUAUUCCCUUUUCCACCCAUUUUGCUCUGUAAGAACCUAUAGAGGUCGGCAGAUUCAGCAAAGUGGCUGCAAACUUGAGCCUCGAACAUCCGCAUUCAUAGGAUUUCUUUUUAAGAAUAUUAGGUUAAAAUGUGCACAACCGUG